AUGGAUUCAGAAUAUUUAGCUCAACCAAGUAAAAUUUCUAUCGAUAUACAUGUAUUUCAAGAAUUAAUUCAAUAUAAAGAAGAUGCUUUAAAAUUAGAAUUUGAAAAAAAUCAAUAUAUUCUUGAAAUUAAUAAUCUAAAUCAUAUAAUUGAAAAUUUAAACAAUAAUAUUAUUGCAAUUCAAUAUAAAAAUUCUAUUGAAAUUUCAGAAUUAAAAAAUUAUUAUGAACCUGGAAUUUUUAAUUUAAAAAAUAAAUAUAAUGAAAUUUUACAAAAUAAUAAAAGUGAAAUUUCAAAUUUAAAAAAUUAUUAUGAAAAUGAAAUUAUAAAUCUAAAAACUAAUUAUGAAACUGAAAUAUUAAAUUUAAAAAAUUAUAAUAAAUCUGAAAUUUUUAAAUUAAAAGAUGAUUAUAAUCAAAGUAAAAAUGAUUAUAAUAUUAAAAUAAUUAAUUUAAAAAAUAAAAUUUUUUCUUUGGAACAAGAAUUAAAAAAUCCAUCUAUAGAUUUAUUUUCAAAUUUUUUUGAAGAAAAUAUUAAUAAUUUAUCUAAUUUAUUAUGCAAAAAACAAUAUGAAGAAAAAUGUUUUCCACCUACAGAUUCAUUUGAAUUUAUGAAUAUGAUUGAUUCUUUUAAUUUAAAACCAUUUGUUUUAAUAUUUUUUAAUAUAUUUAAAUCUAAUAUUAAUCAAAGUUCAAAAUCUAUUGAAAAACUUAAAAUUAGAAUAAUGUUAUUAAUGUAUCAUUUAGCUGGAUUAAAAAAUAACAAAAUUACUAAUGUAAAAAAUUCAAUUGGAAGUUUUUUUACUUAA